AUAAUGUGCACGAUUUUGACCAACUGUUUCUUUAUGGCCAUGUCGGACCCUGCGCAAUGGACCAAGUAUCUGGAAUAUACAUUCACUGGGAUUUACACGUUUGAGUCACUCAUUAAGAUCUUGGCAAGAGGAUUCUGUAUUGGACCCUUUACAUUCCUUAGAGAUCCAUGGAACUGGUUGGACUUCAGCGUCAUUGUUAUGGCAUAUGUGACAGAGUUUGUGGAUCUUGGUAAUGUCUCAGCAUUACGAACUUUCAGAGUCCUUCGAGCCCUGAAAACCAUAUCCGUCAUCCCAGGUCUGAAGACCAUUGUGGGAGCUCUGAUUCAGUCAGUAAAGAAGCUGGCAGACGUGAUGAUCCUGACUGUCUUCUGCCUUAGUGUCUUUGCUCUGAUUGGUCUUCAGCUCUUCAUGGGUGUCCUAAGGCAGAAAUGUGUCCGCAGCACUGCUCACUGUGUCAAUUCCACCUACCCAGGAAAUGGAAGCUUUUACUGUAACAACAAGACUUGGCACUCCAUAAAGGACUUUAUUAGCAGUGAAGAAAACUUCUACAUAAUUGAAGGAGCCAAGGACGCAUUAAUAUGUGGAUAUAGCAGUGAUGCUGGAAAGUGUCCCGAUGGGUUUGAAUGUUUGAAGAUGGGGAGAAACCCAAACUAUGGCUACACAAGUUUUGACAGUUUUGGCUGGGCCUUCCUAGCACUCUUCAGAUUAAUGACACAAGACUACUGGGAAAACCUCUACCACCAAACUCUACGUUCAGCUGGUAAAACGUACAUGAUCUUCUUUGUGCUGGUGAUCUUCCUUGGCUCGUUCUAUCUUGUAAACCUGAUCCUGGCUGUGGUGGCCAUGGCGUAUGAGGAACAAAACCAGGCCACCAUUGCUGAGGCUUGGCAAAAAGAGAGAGAGUUCCAGCUGGCCAUGGAACAGCUUCACAGAGAACAGAGGAAGCAAUUGGAAAUAGUCAUUCUGAAUGAUUCCAACCAGACAUUAGGAAAACAAAGCAAGGAACCCAAACUGAGUCCAUUCCAAGAGAUGGCUCCAUCACCAUUUAGUUGCCAGGGGUCCAGAGAACAUCAAUCCAGAUCCAGAUCCAGAUCCAGAUCAUUCAGAACCAUGUCAGAGGAAGCAGAGGAUGAUCCACCUGAUGAGAAGUUGGUGUACCCACUCCUAGCCACGCUCUCCUCGCAUCCUUUGAGCACAAGGCGGGGCAGCAAUAGCAGUGUAUUCACUUUCUAUCUGCACAAAAACUCAGAGGCUGAUGAUCACACCAGUGUCCUCUAUGAAGGACGGAGUCGGGCAGGAUCCACAGUCAUACCAUGGAACAAGCGUCGCACGAGCAGCAUUAGGAGCCACUGCUCUCAGGUUAUUAAACCCAGCUUUGCCAUCAACGGCAGGCUGGAAGUUUUGCUGGACCAGAAGAGAACUGGUGGCAUCAGCCCAUUUACACCUACCAUGUUUUCUGAACACAGCAUGGAAAAUGUCAAAGAGGAGCUGGCAUGUUUAGAAGAUCAUGCUAAUGAAGUCAAAUCCAAAUCCAUUCAGCAAGAGCAGGUAGAAGAUUUGCCGUCCAGCCGGAAGCGAGAACUCAGCUCAGUCAGUUUUUUCAGUGACGCCAUGGACGAAUUUGAAGAGGCCCGUCAGAAGUGCCCUCCUUGCUGGUACGUGUUUGCUAAAAAGUAUUUGAUAUGGACAUGCUCUCCAGCAUGGCUUGGUCUGAAGGAGUUAGUAAAGGUCAUGGUGAUGGAUCCCUUCCUGGACCUUGCCAUCACUAUCUGCAUCGUGCUCAACACACUCUUUAUGGCAUUGGAGCAUUACCCCAUGACUGAGGAGUUUAAUGGCAUGCUGAGUGUGGGGAACCUGGUGUUCACUGGUAUCUUCACGACUGAGAUGGUAAUGAAGCUCAUUGCUCUGGACCCAUACUACUACUUCCAGCAAGGCUGGAACAUCUUUGAUGGGAUUAUUGUUUGUUUAAGUUUGAUGGAACUUGGUCUGUCCAAUGUUGAGGGAUUAUCUGUGCUACGUUCAUUCAGACUGCUUAGAGUCUUCAAACUGGCCAAGUCAUGGCCUACGCUCAAUACCCUCAUAAAAAUCAUCGGCAACUCUGUGGGAGCCCUGGGCAAUUUGACCCUUGUCCUAGCCAUCAUCGUCUUCAUUUUUGCUGUGGUUGGCAUGCAGCUGUUUGGAAAGAACUACCAAGAAUGUGUGUGUAAGAUCAGCACAGACUGCACUCUGCCACGUUGGCACAUGAAGGACUUUUUCCACUCAUUUUUGAUUGUUUUCCGUGUACUGUGUGGUGAAUGGAUCGAGACGAUGUGGGACUGCAUUGAGGUGGCUGGUCAGCCACUCUGCAUCCUCGUCUUCAUGCUGGUUAUGGUCAUUGGAAACCUAGUGGUUCUGAACCUAUUCUUGGCUCUACUGCUGAGCUCCUUCAGCUCAGAUAACCUGUCUGCUCCAGAGGAGGAUGGUGAGAUGAACAACCUACAAAUAGCCAUCGCACGUAUAUACGCUGGUCUUGUCUGGAUCAUGGGAGUCAUCAAGGACCUCUUCAGUGGAAGCCUGGCUAAACGCUGGCACAAGGAUAAGCAAGAACGGGCAGCCAAGUGUCAUGGCACUAAUCAUGUUGACUGUAAUGGGACUGCUGGGAGAAUCAGCAGUUAUGCAGAGAAACAUGUCACUUCAGAAAGGGAGGACAGCUAUAUGACUAAUCCCAGCUUGAACAUAUGUGUUCCAAUUGCACCCGGAGAAUCUGACAUGGAGUUUCCUGAGGAAGAGGAAGAUGACACAGAGACAUCAGAAGAUGAAUUAAACAAACAAGAAGUGAUCAGCCUGUCUGAAGGAAGUACUGUGGAUCUGAGGAAUCCAGGAGGAGAAGAGGAGGACACCCUGCUAACUGGAGACACCAUGGAACCAGAAGAGUGUUUCCCUGAUUUCUGUAUGCGUCACUGUGAGCGGUGUGACAUCAACACAACCCAAGGUUUAGGCCUGGUCUGGUGGAGGCUGAGAAAGACCUGUUACCAAAUUGUGGAGCACAGCUGGUUUGAGACCUUCAUCAUCUUCAUGAUCCUGCUCAGCAGUGGAGCUCUGGCAUUUGAAGACAUUUAUAUCGAACAGAAGAAGGUGGUGAAAGUGGUGCUAGAAUAUGCAGACAAAGUCUUCACCUACAUUUUUGUGUUGGAGAUGCUCCUGAAAUGGAUUGCGUAUGGUUUUAAGAAGUACUUCACAAACUACUGGUGCUGGCUGGAUUUCCUGAUAGUGGAUGUAUCGUUAAUUAGCUUGGUGGCGAACUCUCUGGGCUACUCAGACUUUGGAGCUAUUAAAUCCCUGCGGACCCUGAGAGCCCUCAGACCACUAAGAGCCCUGUCCAGAUUCGAAGGAAUGCGGGUGGUGGUGAAUGCACUAAUUGGUGCCAUCCCUUCCAUCAUGAACGUACUGCUGGUAUGUCUGAUCUUUUGGCUGAUAUUCAGCAUCAUGGGUGUCAAUCUCUUUGCUGGGAAAUUUGGGAAGUGUGUCAACAGGACUGGCUACAUCCAUAAUGCCUCAAGUGUCAACAAUAAAUCAGAAUGCCUGGCCAUGAAUAACACACAGUUCUACUGGACCAGGGUGAAGGUUAACUUUGAUAAUGUAGGGUUGGGAUACCUCUCGCUUUUACAAGUCGCAACUUUCAAAGGCUGGAUGGAAAUCAUGUAUGCAGCAGUGGAUUCACGUGGGGUAGAAGAGCAGCCUGUUAAGGAGAUAAACCUGUACAUGUACCUUUAUUUUGUCAUCUUUAUUAUCUUCGGUUCAUUCUUCACACUAAAUUUAUUUAUUGGUGUAAUUAUCGACAACUUCAAUCAGCAGAAGAGAAAGAUAGGUGGACAGGACAUCUUUAUGACCGAGGAACAGAAAAAGUAUUAUAACGCCAUGAAAAAACUGGGGUCAAAAAAGCCGCAGAAGCCCAUACCGAGGCCGACGAAUAUUCUGCAAGGAUUCUUCUUUGAUUUGGUCUCCAAGCAAGCCUUUGACAUCACAAUCAUGAUGCUCAUCAUCUUGAACAUGAUCACCAUGAUGCUCGAGACGGACGAGCAGUCACCUCGAAUGGAGCACAUUCUCAACAAUAUCAACCUCGCGUUCAUCGUCAUCUUCAGCACCGAAUGCGUCGUGAAGAUCUUUGCUCUCCGCUGCUACUUCUUCACCAUCAGCUGGAACAUCUUUGACUUUGUAGUGGUCAUCCUGUCCAUUGUUGGAAUUGUCCUGGCUGAUAUAAUUGAAAAAUACUUCGUGUCUCCAACUUUAUUUCGGGUGAUCAGGCUGGCCAGAAUAGGACGGGUCCUACGGCUCAUACGAGCAGCUAAAGGAAUAAGGACGUUACUCUUUGCCUUAAUGAUGUCACUGCCAGCCCUCUUUAACAUUGGCCUUCUGCUGUUCCUUGUCAUGUUUAUUUAUGCCAUUUUUGGGAUGGCCAACUUUGCCUAUGUGAAGAAGCAUGGCGGGAUCGAUGAUAUGUUUAACUUUGAAACCUUUGGAAACAGUAUUAUAUGCCUGUUCCAGAUUACCACCUCUGCUGGCUGGAACAAUUUACUGGAUCCCAUUCUAAGCAACUCGCCAGAGGAAUGUAACCCACACUUCGUCAACACAGGUACUAAUACAAAGGGCAACUGCGGAAACCCGUCUGUGGGAAUUACUUUUUUUGUUAGUUACAUCAUCAUCUCCUUCCUCAUAGUUGUUAACAUGUACAUUGCCAUCAUAUUGGAGAACUUCAGUGUGGCCACAGAGGAGAGCACUGAGCCCCUCAGUGAGGAUGAUUUUGAGAUGUUCUACGAGGUAUGGGAGAAAUUUGAUAUGGAAGCAACGCAUUUCAUUGAGUACUCGAAGCUUUCCAGUUUUGCUGACGCACUUUCAGAGCCCCUGCGAAUUGCCAAACCAAACAAGCUCAAGUUGAUUUCAAUGGAUCUACCCAUGGUGAGUGGAGACAAGAUCCACUGCUUAGACAUCUUGUUUGCCUUCACCAAACGUGUACUGGGUGAAUCAGGUGAGAUGGAUGCCCUCAAGCAACAGAUGGAGGAGAAGUUUAUGAUAUCCAACCCGUCUAAGACCUCCUACGAACCCAUUACCACCACACUCCGGCGAAAGCAGGAGGAGGUCUCAGUCACCAUGAUCCAGCGGGCAUACAGGAGGCACCUGGUCAGGCGGCAGAUAAAGAAUGCUUCUUAUAUGUACCAACAAAUCAACCAAGAGGCAUCAGUGGAUAUGGAGCAUGCUCAGAAAAUGCAGGGGCUCAUUGCACAUAGGAUUAAAGAGCAUUAUGACCCUGAGGAGGAGCUUCUUGUGGAGUCUCAGCACUGCUCCCCUCCUUCCUAUGAAGCUGUCUCUAUGGCUCCAGUUAGAUUGUACCAGGUGCUGAUACCAGCCUCCAGGAACCUUGCAGCUUGUGAGUCUUACAACACUGAAGAAACUUUUGUGUAAGUACUACUUAGUUUUUAUUUCAGGAAGAACAUUUUCAAGAUUGGAUUGUAAACACAUAGUAUGCUGGAAUAUACAAAGGCAUAUAGACCAAACUACAGUGGACUCCUGAGCACACGGACACAUUCUCUGACUCCUAUGAUGCUCCAACCAUUUAAAAGCCAUACUAUUAGCCUGAUAUAUCAGGAUGCAUCAAGGAUAGUCUCACAUAGCGAUCACCAGCCCAAAUCUUGAAGAUGGACCAUUUGUUUGCUUGAUCAAGAUUAGACUGUGACAGUCAGUAAGGUGGAGUUCUGGAUAAUCCCUAUUGUGUUGGAAAUCCAUUUUGUAG